UAGUUUUCAUGUGACGUCAUGACUUCCCAUCAUCCGUUGCGCAGUCUACCGUGGCCGCCAUUUUGAUUGGCAAACAAUACAGUUCCGUGGUUCAGUGAACGUACAUGUAAACAAUCUUAAUUUAGAACAGAAAUGGUAAUUUCUUGUUGGGUUAAUGGUUGCAGUAAUCGUGCAGACCAAAAGUCGUAGCUUGGGAUUUUAUUCAAUUCCAUCUGUCAGAGAAAAUGAAGGCGAAUUUACGAAGAGUUUGACAGAAGAGCGACGAAUACUGUGGAUUUCUAACAUAAAUCGAAAAGAUGCGCCGACGAAGUAUUCUAAAAUUUGCUCCGAUCAUUUCUUGAAAGGAAAACCGGCAUCUAUGUACCAUCGCUCAGAUCCAGACUGGGCUCCUACUCUAAAUUUAGAUGGUGCUAUGACUCCAACAAAAUCAGUGUUGAAGAAAAAAAAGAUUGAAACAGAUAGUAAAAGGUACAACAGAGCAGUUGACCGCCAGAAAAACAGAGAUAAACAUCACGUUGCCAGGGUUUUGUUGGAACUUCAGAGUGCAGAGUUUGUUUGCAACUCCAUAUAUUCCAGAACAGGAUACCCAGGGUUGACUCCAUUCAAUGAAGUAGAAAUCAGAGACAUGUACAUUUACUUGGAAAGGGAAAACGGAAGGCCCUGGGAAGUCUUUACAACCAUGUACGGAAAAUGAUAAAGAAAAAUUAAAUGAAUUAGAUAGUAGAAUUAAUUCUGAAAUUCAGAGACUGUUGUCAGAGAAUAUGGCUUUAAAAUCAGAACUGAACUCAUUCUACAUGAACCAAGAAAGUUUCAAAGAAGAUAAUGAGAAAGUAAAAUAUUAUACAGGCCUUCCAAAUUAUUUGACUUUGAUGGUGGUUAUGGAUUUAGUGUCACCAUUUCUUAAAAUGAAAAAGAAUAUGCGUCUUGGUGCAUUUGAGAGAGUGUUGCUCACUCUUAUGAGACUGAAACAUAAUUUCCCAUUGAAAGAUUUGGCUUAUAGAUUUAAGACUUCAUCCUCCACAGUAUCAAGAAUAUUUACUUUGGUUAUACAUAUUAUGUUUGUUAGAAUGAAACAUUUCAUAUAUUGGCCAGAAAGAGAAGAACUGCAGACCACAAUGCCUCUUGAGUUCCGCAAACAUUUUGCUAGGAAAACAUCUGUCAUAAUUGACUGCUUUGAAAUAUUUAUAGCAAGACCAAAAGCUCUGCUGGCCCGGGCACAAACUUGGAGCAAUUAUAGGCACCAUAAUACUGUUAAGUUCCUGAUAGGCAUUACGCCCCAAGGCUCAAUUUCCUAUAUUUCAAAUGGAUGGGGAGGAAGAGCAUCUGACAAAUACAUUACAGAAGCCUGUGGAAUAUUAGACAAUUUAUUACCAGGGGACCUGGUCUUAGCUGACCGUGGCUUCGAUAUCGCGGAUAGUGUUGGUGUUUAUUGUGCGGAAGUAAAUAUACUAGCUUUACAAGGGGAAAAUAUCAACUUUCUGCUACUGAUGUUGAAACAACCAGGAAAAUCGCUCAUGUGAGAAUUCAUGUGGAGCGAGUUAUUGGAUUAGUUCGAAAUAAAUAUACAAUCCUGCAGGACAAGAUUCCUAUAGACUUUUUAAUUCAUGAGAAAGAUGAAGUACCAACAAUAGACAAGAUAGUUAAUGUAUGCUGUGCACUCACAAACAUGAAUGAGUCUGUGGUAGGGUUUGACUAGCUAUGUAUGAA